UUUAAUAAGAAAUGAGAAAGUACAUAAAUUUUAAAAGAAGAAGAAAAAAAGAAGAUACUUACUUAAAAUUAAAGUUUAAAUUUUUUGCGGCAAACACGUGAUACCUCCGCCAUUAGAAAUUACGUAUAUUAAUUGAGGACUGAUGUGAUGAAAAAAGUGUAUAAAUAAAUAAUAAGUAAAAAUGUUGAUACGUAACCUCGGUAAUAAAUUAAGUUGGUGUAAAUUUCGCGUUAGAUAUUAUUCUAAGGAUCUGUCAAAACGUGAUGAAAAAUGUCGAGUAUCAAAGAUACGAAAUAUUGGUAUCAUGGCUCAUAUCGAUGCAGGAAAAACAACAACUACGGAAAGAAUGCUUUAUUACUCCGGAAGCAUAAAAAAUAUGGGUGAAGUCCACGACGGUAACACGGUGACCGACUAUAUGGAGCAAGAGCGUCAACGAGGCAUAACGAUAGUAUCAGCAGCAGUGACUUUCAAUUGGAAAGAUCAUAGAUUCAAUUUAAUCGACACACCAGGGCACAUUGACUUCACAAUGGGCGUCGAGCAGACCUUAGGAGUAUUAGACGGAGCAGUGGUGAUUCUGGACGGUUCCGCAGGCGUAGAGGCUCAAACAAGGACAGUCUGGAAGCAGGCUGACAAAUACAGUAUUCCCCGUUUGGUCUAUGUCAACAAAAUGGACCGAGCUGACGCGAACUUCCACAUGUGUCUCGAGUCCUUGGAGUCCAAGUUUGAAGUAACUGCUUUACCAGUGCAGCUUCCGAUUAAAAAUGACAAUGGCUUUGUUGGGAUUCUAGACCUGCUGACCUUGGAGAAGAUAAUCUUCGACAAGACUUCCCAGGGUACAAAACUUCUUCGUCAAAAAUUGGCGGAAGCAGAAGAUAGUUUUCUGCUGGAGCGGGCUAGAGAGAAACGCCGAUUGUUAGUAGACAAGUUGUCGACAAUUGAUGAUGGGCUCGCUAAUUUUAUCAUUGAACAGGAUUCGCUGGAUGACAUACCAACCCAGGUGAUAGCUGACUCGUUAAGAAGCAGCACUAUCAAGCGCAAAGGCAUCCCAGUUCUUCUAGGGAGCUCUUAUAAAAAUAUCGGAGUCCAGCCUUUGAUGGACGCGAUCAUUUUUUACUUACCAUCUCCAGAUCUUCAUAAAAAAGCGAGCUUGUACCGCUGCUUUGAGGACAAUUUAUCAGCCAGGGCGUUUAAAAUCAUGCAUGACAAGCAGCGUGGGCCGAUAACUUUCUUCCGAGUCUACUCAGGAAGCUUGAAGAAGAACCAGAAGGUCUACAACGCAACCCGAGAAAAGUAUGAGCAAGGAAGCAGACUCUACGCAGCUUAUGCUGAUGAUUAUGAAGAAAUUGAUGAGGUGACUGAAGGAAACAUCGGAGGACUGGCUGGAUGCAAAUUUACCAUCACUGAAGACUUGCUGACCAGCAGCCCGACGGUGGUGAGCCGAGCAAAGAAUGUUGCUGCUAAAAUAAAGAAUCUUGAUGAAGAAGAAAAAAAAAAUUUUUUUUCAGCUGGUAAAAUUCCUGAUCCCGUGUUCUUCUGUUCGAUUGAGCCGCCUUCGUUGUCGGCUCAAGUUCCGCUCGAAAAUACGCUCAAGGAGUUGGAAAGGGAGGACCCGAGUCUUCGGGUCACUCUGAAUGAAGAGACCGGUCAGACUGUACUGGGUGGAAUGGGUGAGCUUCAUAUUGAUAUAAUUAAAGAGAGAAUUAAGACUGAGUACAAGAUUGACGUUGAUCUCGGUCCACUGCAAAUUGCUUAUAAGGAAACUAUCACUCAAGGCAUCAAGGACACGCUUGUCUCACAUCACAAAAUAGGAACUACUAAUCAUGAUGUUAAUGUGACUUUGUCGUUGAUUCCUAAUUAUGAAGGCAAGGAGCUGCUGUUGUUUGAUAAGACUAAGGAAAGCGCUUCUAAUAUUGCGGAUAUUCACCCCAAGGUGAUGGCUGCGGUUAAAAAAGGCGUCAAGAUGGCACUUAAUCAUGGACCUAAGUUAGGCUGUCCUUUGAUUGAUGUGGGUGUUAAGUUGCACUGGCUGGAGGUCGGGAGAGGGACUUCUGAUACUAUGAUUUCAUCAGCUAUUGCUCAGUGUAUACGGAAGAUGUUAGAACAGUCGGGGAUCAUUUUAUUGGAGCCGAUAAUGAAAUUGGAAGUUGUUAUGCCGGAGGAAUAUUCUUCUAGAGUGAUGGGGGAUCUAGGAAAACGAAGAGCGCAAAUACAAGAAGUUACUGUUCGUGGGCAAUAUAAAGUACUUAGAGCCUUGGUACCAUUAAGUGAAUUACUUGGAUACUCGACCACCCUAAGGAUAAUAACUUCAGGCAAUGGAAGUUUUUCAUCUGAAUUUGAGAGCUAUCAAAGUAUGGGGUCAGUUGAAGAGCAACAAGCUAUCAAACAAAUUACCGGAUUUUAAUU